AUGGGCAGUUCCCAGAGUCAAGGAACUACAGGCGAUAACAGUGGCGGCACGACAGGAACAACUCCUCCAUACCCUCCCAGCCAAAAAAGAAAAGCCUCCGAGGAAAAAGUACGGCCAUCCGGUGAUAAGGAGUCUGUCCUGUCUUCAACGCCCUCAGAAAAAGCGCCAAAGCCUAAGAAGGAACCCAUAUUCACUCCAACGGAGCCUUCAGAACCUGAAGGAUUGGGAAGAAUGCCGAAGUCUAAACCAGUUGUACAAAGGAAAGAAAAGGAAGGCUGA